AUGGUAUACGGUCCAUCCCCACACUUCUUGUUAAGUCUCUUUCGUAUUCUGCUCAAUACCUUAAUCCAUUCCGCUGGAGGCCAUCCGCUACUUGCACAAGUUCAUGCAAUAUGGCGAAAUGAACCUACACAUUCCAACAAUGUAUUACUGGUGGUGCCUAUCUUUUUCAAGAUGUUUAUGAAUGGCCUGGUCCGGUAUAUUGUUGGACAUGUCUUGAUGUCUAUUCUGAUAUUUGAAAGUGUGGAGAAGCAAGCUCUCGGCUCUGUUUCUGAGCUCAGAGACAAAAAAGCUGGUCCAUCCAGCCGUCAACUAUUCCAAACCAUCGCCACCCUCUACCGCACGGGCAAUCUCCGUCUCCUGCUGAAUGGAAUUGGCUCCGCAUGUAGCUACUGGGCAAAGCACUUGUGCACGAAGGUAAUGUUGAUCAGAGCAUUAUUCCUUCCUCGUCCGGUCGCGUACGUCGUAGCCUCGGUGCUGCUCGCUGAAGAUCGUUUCUUGUGGACCGCGCGCACCAUACUUCCGCGUGACCAGCAACGCUUUGUGCCGAACUCUCGCGAUCGCCAACGAUGGAAAGCUUUGGUGCCGGCCACAGCACUACAUGCGGUGGCUGAAUCAUUCAUGAUGCAUUUGCCUGCCCUAUUCCAAAGCGACCUCGCCUCAUCCGCUAGCACAGAUAUCACGAAAGCGCACUUGUCGGGCAUCGUGGGAUUCGAGAUCUUAGUGUCAGGAGUCAUGCUCGCCGCACAGUUCUUGCUUCUUUUUCCUUCGUUUAUAGCGUUGGUUCUCGUUCAGACCAGUCUAUUGCCGUCCGUCUGUGAGACGUUGGUCUCUACGCCGGCGAAUCCAGGGCGACGGCAGCAGCAGCGCGGCAGACGUGUUGGGGAGAUAUUUGCAGCGUUCAACAGGGUCCCACUUCGGGUACAGGAGGGGGUGAAGAUCAUCGGAGCAACUUAUGUAUUGCGGUGUGUCGAAUUGCACGCACAGAUGUGCUUGUGUCUGAUAGGGGCUUCUGCUGUGGUGCAUGUCGCCAUUUGUAAUAUGACGUGACGUCACGCGCCUGACAAAUGAUUAGAGACGGUGGUGCACUUCAGGGGUUCUCUUUUGUCGAUAUCGGUUUCACACCUGCGACGUGGCACUUGUCUGGAAGUCGCGUCAUAUGCGGCUCUUUUGUCCCUUUUCCCUGUGGUGGGUUAGGCGUUGUCCAUAGUCUCCGUGCUGCACAAGCUCUCGCCAAUCUAAAUUAGACACCUAGCAAAGUGAUAUUCUGUCGCGAAAUUCAGAUAGCCAGGUACGGAACGGAUAUGAACCCAUCUAGAUCAUCCAUCUCAUAUUCAUGACCAACACGAGAUAGUCCACGAAGUCAUCCAGAAUAUCUCAAUCAAAGUGCUCCGCAACAUGGUGCGCAACAGCAGCCUCAUCGCCCUCAAACACGUCACAAACCGGGCACCGAAUAACCCCUGCAUCCAUACUACCUACCCCUUCCACACCAGGAACCACCAC